AGAAGAAGAAAAAAAAGAGCCAACACACCAAAAAAACAACCAAAAGUCUUUGAGUUUAAAAAAAUGGUGAAGAUCGCAGUUGGAAGUUUGGGUGACUCAUUCAGUGUUGCAUCCCUAAAGGCUUACUUGUCUGAGUUCAUCGCAACUCUAAUCUUUGUGUUCGCUGGUGUUGGCUCUGCUAUUGCUUUUGGCAAGAUAACCUCUGAUGCAGCCUUGGACCCAGCUGGUCUUGUGGCCAUUGCGGUGGCUCACGCCUUCGCUUUGUUCGUCGGGGUUUCAGUUGCAGCUAACAUCUCCGGUGGCCACUUGAACCCAGCUGUGACUCUCGGUCUUGCUGUUGGAGGAAACAUCACACUGAUCACAGGUUUCUUGUACUGGAUUGCUCAGUGUCUUGGCUCCACCGUUGCAUGCCUUCUCCUUGUCUUCGUUACCAACGGCGAGAGCGUACCAACCCACGGAGUUGGAGCCGGUUUAGGAGCGGUAGAAGCUAUAGUGAUGGAGAUCAUUGUAACCUUUGCUUUGGUCUACACUGUUUACGCCACAGCUGCUGAUCCAAAGAAAGGAUCUCUCGGAACCAUCGCACCAAUCGCUAUUGGUUUCAUCGUUGGUGCCAACAUCCUCGCUGCUGGUCCAUUCAGUGGUGGCUCCAUGAACCCAGCAAGGUCGUUCGGACCAGCUAUUGUCAGUGGAGACUUGUCACAAAUUUGGAUCUACUGGGUGGGUCCACUCGUUGGUGGUGCCCUUGCUGGACUCAUCUACGGAGACGUGUUCAUCGGUUCUCCUUACGAAGCUGUUGAAACCCGCGAGAUCCGAGUUUAAAUAACCGGGUUUGUGAUUGUUUGAUGUUUGCUUGUUGAUUGGUUUGAUGGUUGUGUGUUUGCUUUUGUGUAUGUUUGAUGUCUCCCUUCUUCUAAGAUUGUAUGUAGAGAAAAGAGUCAUCUCUUGUUCAUAAUAAGAAAAUGUUUAUAUAUUCCACUUUACCUUGUGAAAUCUGAUGAAUCUUAUAAAAAUCUAUAUUGUUGUAGCAA